GUGAGGCUGCGGAAACAUGCGCUCGGACUGGGAGCUCACUUUGUUCUCCUCCAUCGCGCAGAACACUGAUUUUCUUCUCGCUGGGGGAUGGACUCAGGACCUCGGAGUGCGCGUGAAUUUGGAGUCAGUGAUGCGACAAUAAAAAUGUCCUGAAAGUGCUGAGAGCCGCGAGAAGUUCCAGUCACUGUGGCCGCAGAGCGCCUUUGGAGAGGAUCCCUUAUAAGCGCACCGUGAAGCCGGAGCACGCGUUCUUCAGGGCUCUGCUGGGGACAUGGCUUACAUGCACUUUGCGCCAAACAGAAGGAUUUGCACACCGACCUUCUUAGCGUUGACUUUGAUUUUCAUUCUGGGAUCCAAGAGCACACAGUCCAGCUCUCCAAACCCCGGAGCGCACGGAGCUGACAGGGCUCCAUCCUCACUGCUGGAGUCCCUCAAUUUACCUUCCAACACAGAGUAUGAGAUUGUGGCUCCAUAUGAGGUGGACCAUAAGGGCCAGUACAUUUCCCAUGCUGUGGCUCACCACCAUCGCAGGAGGCGCUCAGUGGAGGGUCAGGUGACUGACCUCACCGCCAUGGCCCACUUUAGGCUCCAUGGUUUGGGCCAAGAUUUCCACCUUGAGCUGCUUCCGUCCAGCAGUCUGUUUGCACCUGGCUUUACAGUUCAGACUCUGGGCAAGAAUGGCACCAAGAGUCUGCAGCCAUACGCACAAGAUGAUUUUUGCUUUUACCAGGGGACACUCAGGUCAAUGGUCAACUCCUCUGUGGCCUUGUCAGUAUGUGCAGGGAUGUCAGGUUUGAUCCGGACACAGGAGGCCGAUUACUUCCUAAGGCCGCUGCUUCAACACCACCUGCGCAUGAAGAACUACACAGCACCAGAACACCACCAACCUCACAUCCUUUACAAGAGACAUGCUACACCACACAUUGCCAGAGAGACAACCAGAGAUCCAGCAGAGCCCUCCAGAAAAGAUAAGGAGGGUGAUGGACUGUACAGAGACACCAAAAGACUCAGAAGGUCUACACACAUGCAGAUGGUUCCGGGUGACCACCUACACCGACACCACAGUCACCACAACAACUACAGGCAUGGCACGCGCCAGCGACAGCACUACUGUGGAAGAAGGAAGAAAUAUAUGCCAAAGCCUCCAGAAGAAGACAUCCAUAUUUUGCCUGAUGAGUACAAGUUCCUGCCUAGAGGCAAGCGGGCUGUGAUAUUUCAGACCCCUUCAAAACAGAAGCUGAAUGUUGAGACACUGGUGGUGGUGGACCAGAAGAUGAUGGAGAAUCACGGCCGUGAGAACAUAACCACAUACGUGCUGACUGUUCUCAAUAUGGUCUCCACUCUCUUCAAGGAUGGAACUAUAGGAGGGGAUAUCAAUAUAGUGAUCGUUGGCCUGAUACUGCUGCAUGAAGAACAGGAAGGGCUGGUUGUUAGCCACCAUGCAGAUCACACUCUAAACAGUUUCUGUCAGUGGCAGUCGGGUUUGGCGGGACGUGAGGGCCGUCGUCAUGACCACGCAAUUCUCCUGACAGGGCUGGACAUCUGCUCGUGGAAGAAUGAGCCGUGUGAUACUCUGGGCUUUGCCCCCAUCAGCGGCAUGUGCAGCAAGUACCGGAGCUGCACUAUCAAUGAGGAUACAGGUCUGGGCCUGGCCUUCACUAUUGCUCAUGAGUCUGGCCACAAUUUUGGAAUGGUCCAUGAUGGGGAGGGGAAUGUGUGUAAGAAGUCUGUUGGCAACAUAAUGUCCCCCACACUGGCUGGCCAUAAUGGCCUUUUCUCCUGGUCAUCCUGCAGCCGGCAAUAUCUCACUCGUUUUCUCAGCACGGCUCAGGCCACCUGCCUGUCGGAUGAGCCCAAAGCAGUGGAGGAGUACAAAUACCCAGAGAAACUUCCAGGGGAGCUGUACGAUACAGACACACAGUGCAAGUGGCAGUUUGGAGAAAAGGCCAAACUUUGUACGCUGGACUUCAAGAAGGACAUCUGUAAAGCCCUGUGGUGCCACCGGGUCGGCCGGAAAUGCGAGACCAAGUUUAUGCCAGCUGCCGAGGGCUCUGUGUGCGGGCCAGAGAUGUGGUGCCGUCGUGGACAGUGUGUGAAGCAGGGUGAAGAAGGUCCACAGCCAGUGCAUGGUCAGUGGUCCUCCUGGUCCAGUUGGUCCAGCUGCUCCAGGACCUGUGAGAGUGGAGUGACCUACAGAGAGAGACACUGCAACAGUCCCAGGCCAGUGUAUGGGGGCAGGUUCUGCGAGGGACCAUCCCGCUCUUAUAAGCUGUGUAACACGGAGAACUGUCCUCAGGGCAGUGUGGACUUCAGAGCUGCUCAGUGUACAGAGUUUAACAGCAAACCCUUCCGUGGCUGGUACUACAGCUGGAAGCCCUACACACGCGUAGACGACCAGGAUGUCUGUAAGCUUUACUGCUUCGCCGAAGGCUACGAUUUCUUCUUUGCACUCUCCAGUAAAGUCCAGGAUGGCACACUCUGUACACAGGACAGUUCUAAUGUGUGUAUCGACGGCAUGUGUGAGAGAGUGGGCUGCGACCGGGUGCUGGGGUCUACAGCAGUGCUGGACAUGUGUGGAGUCUGCAGUGGCAACAACUCAACCUGCAAAAUCUACAAAGGCCAAUACACCAAACAGCAUUACGCUAACCAGUACUACGGAGUGGUCACUAUCCCACCUGGGGCCCGCAGCAUCCAUGUGGUAGAGCUGAACACCUCAAGUUCCUACUUGGCCCUGCGGAACAGCAACAGGAAGUACUACUUGAAUGGCCGCUGGACGGUAGACUGGCCGGGCAGACACUCCAUUGCUGGGACUGUGUUUGACUACAAGAGGCCCUACAAUCGCCCAGAGAGCCUGACCUCUACUGGGCCCAUCAAUGAGACCCUGGUGGUGGAGAUUCUGCUGCAGGGUGUUAACCCAGGCGUGCGGUGGGAGUACACACUCGCCAAAGCCGACACAGAGAGGGAAACCCAGCCUAAACACAGCUACACCUGGGCCACUAUCCGCUCCCAGUGCUCUGCUACAUGUGCCAGAGGUGAGAUGAGUGUGAAGGCAGCGUGCUAUAAAGAUCUGAGAGUUCAGGUGAACACAUCCUACUGUAAUCCACGUUCACGGCCCAGCACCGGUGUAAUGCCCUGUAACACCCAGCCCUGCCCUCCCAGCUGGAGUGUUGGAGACUGGAGUGUGUGUAGUCGUACCUGUGGGUCAGGAGAACAGAGCCGACAGGUGCAGUGUGUUCGGCGAACCAGCCCCACGCAGAUGGAUGUAGUGACUGAUACCCACUGUGCACUGCCCCCUCCAGCCCGCAGGCAGCCCUGUAACACACAUACCUGCCCACCCACAUGGAGCACAGGACCAUGGUCUCAGUGCUCUCGUAAAUGUGGUAAGGGUGUGAGAAAGAGAACGGUUAUGUGCCUGAGCAGUGCCUCAGGAUCACGUGUGCUGCCGGACAGCUCGUGUGUGCUCCUGCCCAGACCUCACAGCCAGGAGAGCUGCAUGCUCAAACGCUGUCAGAAACAGCACAGAGCUCAGUGGGUCCUCUCCAGCUGGCAGCAGUGUUCAGUAACAUGUGGUAAAGGUGUCCAGGUGCGAGUGUUGAAGUGUGUGGAGAAGGACACAGUGGGGAAGCACAGGGAUCUGGCCCUGAAGAAAUGCCAGCACCUGCCCAAACCCUCUGCAGAGCUACAGAGAGCGUGCGUCCAGCCAGACUGCCCCAGCAUCCCUCGCCUUCACAGGCCAGACUGGUACAACUCACCAUGGUCACAGUGCACAGUGUCAUGUGGCGGAGGUAUCCAGGUGCGCUCCGUUCAGUGCCUCAUCAAUGGUCGUCCCUCAUCUGGCUGUUCAUCUCAGAUGAAGCCAGCCAUGUCUCAGGCCUGCAGCACAGCCUUCUGUCCACAGCAGCAGCCCCAAGGUGCAGUCUGUAAGGAUUCUUUCAACUGGUGUUACCUGGUGCCCCAGCAUGGAGUUUGCAAUCACAAGUUUUAUGGGAAGCAGUGCUGCAGAUCCUGCUCACACACAAACUUAUGAUAAGCAUCUGUAUACAAGAAACUGUGCAGCCAAAGCAGCUUUAGCGGCUUUAGCAUGUGAGACUGCAGGGAGAUGAAGAUGCCAGCAGUGUUUUCUAGUGACUGGAAGCCGUCAGAGUGGUUUGUGAGCCACUUUUGACUGAGACACUCAGCUCUGUUGCCUUCUGUUGAAAGACGGCUGUGAUGUUUACUGUAACCCACAGUGGAGAGCGAUCUCUAUGCUCCCUCAACAGGAUGGAGUGAUGGAUUUCAGAGUGUCCUGUGGACUCUCUCACAGAUAUGGUGAGAUGUGUGUGGAGCACCUCAUCACUCAGCCACACCUGCACAGGGAUUAGUUAUGGUCCCCAUUGGCUCAGUGAAGUCACAUGAGCUCUGUGGACCAGCUGAUAAAGCACAAAUCACGGACUGAUUAUUAAAGAAUGGAGGAGAGAUUUUCAGGAAUAUUCAUCUCUCUGUCAUUUUAAAUCUACCUAUCUCUCAUUUUCUUUCCCAGUCUCUAGUUUUCGCUUUGAGUCUCUCUCCUUUUCUGUCCUAAUCUCUCUGGUUUUGCUGCUAGUCUCUCUCCUCUUCUUCCCUAGUCUCUAAUUUUCUUUUCCAAUCUUUUUCUUUGGUCCCCAGUCUCAUUCUUUUUCUCUCCCAGUCUCUCUAAUUCUCUU